AACUUAAUACCAGGUUGUCGCGCCAUUGCUCCAGCGAUCUGGGAGCAUAUCUGCCCUUCUACUUCGAAUCCAUCAGAAGACAGCUCAGCACCAUGUCUUAUCAUGCUCAUGGCAUGGACCGGUGCCCAUGGCCAGCAUAUUUCCAAAUACAUCUCAAAAUACGCCACCAUUUUUCCAACAUCUCGAAUCCUCGUUAUCACCACUUCAGCAAAGGAUAUUAUCUGGAGAAGUCCAGCAGGGAAACGAGAGCGCCUUCUCCCAGCAAUCAAUUACAUCUUGAAUCUUUAUGGGAUGCCCCAAUCACGCAAAGGCGGUAUCUUGCUGCAUUUGUUCUCAGAAGGAGGUGCCAACAAAGGUUGCGAACUUGCAAUAGCAUAUCGUGCUGUUACUGGUUCGCAACUCCCUAUUUCAGCGAUAUGCAUGGAUAGCACACCUGGUCACCCACGCUUCUUGCGGCUCUGCUCCGCCCUAGCAAGAUCAUUCCCUCCGACGCCCAUCCUCAGGAAAUUCGCGAAAUUGAUAGCGAUCGUUGUGCUAGGACUAGUAUGGGCUGUGUACCACGUUUUCAAAGGGUACGAGAACAACCUUGUUUCUCGCUCGAGGAGAGAGCUUCUUGACCCAGAUCUGUUCUCCCUCACAGUUCCCAGAUGCUAUCUUUAUUCGAAGAGAGAUACCCUAGUUGCAUGGCAAGACAUAUAUGAGCAUGCAAGUGAAUUAAUCAAGCGUAAUGGAUGUUUGAUAGAGGCUAUCUUUGAACAUUCUGAACACGUUAGCCAUGCAAAAGUAGAGCCGGAUCGUUAUUGGAAUACCGUGAGAAAAGUCUGGGCGCACAGUCGG